AUUUCAUAAACAAAGCAAGUAAUUUCUUCUUCAACACCAAUCGAAUCACUUAUCCAUUUGUAACCCAGAAUUUCUAGUUUUGUCCUCAAUUCGAAUCCUCUUCACCUUAUUACCAAUUCCACCAGUUCAAACGCCAUACUACACAACUCAAAAAAAAUCAGCAUAGCCAAAAAUGGUGCACCGUCACAUCCUCCUCUUAACUUUUCCAACCCAAGGCAGCUUAAACCCCUCACUCCAAUUCGCAAAAAACCUCGUAAAAAUGGGCGUUAAGGUCACCGUACUGGCGACUCUCUCUGCCCAGCGACGAAUGAUAUCAAACAACGCGUCUCCGACCCUAGAGGGCUUAACCUUCGCUUACUUCUCCGACGGCUAUGAUGACGGGAUCAAAUUGAGUGGCGACCUUAACCACUUCAGGUCAGAAUUCAAGAGCCGCAGUUCCAAAGCCAUGGCCGAACUCAUCACCGCAAGUGGUAACGAAGGACACCCGAUAACGUGCCUGGUCUAUAACAUGCUUCUUUCGUGGACGGCUGCAUUGGCUCGCGAUUUUAACAUAGCUUGCGCACCUCUAUGGGUGCAACCGGCUGCUAUAUUCAAUGUCUACUUUCAUUAUUUUAAUGGCUACGAGGAUGAAAUUAGAAAACUCAGUACUGAUAAUUCAAGCGGUUGGGUUGAAAUACCCGGCUUGCCACCGCUCGCUAGACGCGAUCUUCCGACGUAUAUGCUCCCUUCAAAAUCAGUGAAUCCUUUCGCAUUGCCAGCGUUUAAAGAGGAGCUGGAAACACUAGACGCAGAGUCGAAGAAGCCAACGGUACUCAUAAACACGUUCGAUUCGUUAGAAGAAGAGGCAUUGAGAGCUAUUGAGAAGUACCACUUGGUUGCUGUAGGACCGUUGGUCCCAUUGGCAUUCCUGGAUGGAAAAGAUACAUCGGACGCGUUUGGGUGUGACCUCGUACAGAAGUCAAGGGAUGACAUUAUUGGUGAGUGGUUGGAUGCAAAGCAACGGUUAUCGGUUGUGUAUGUAUCGUUCGGAAGUUUUCUCGGGGUAUCGGAUCAACAAAUGGAGGAGAUUGCCCGUGGAUUGCUCGAAAGCAAUAGGCCAUUCUUGUGGGUUAUAAAAGAUACUGAAAGUGCACAUAAAUUGAGUUGCCGAGAUGAAUUGGAGAGACAAGGAAAGAUUGUGCCGUGGUGUUCCCAAUUAGAGGUUCUUUCGCACCCUUCUUUGGGUUGUUUCGUGACUCAUUGCGGGUGGAAUUCUUCGUUGGAGACUUUGGUUUGUGGUGUUCCGAUCGUGGGUUUGCCUUUAUUUACGGACCAACCAAUAAACGCCAAGCUUUUAGAAGACACAUUCAAGAUUGGGGUGAGGUUGACAGUGAAUGAACAAGGAAUAACUGAAGGAGAUGAGGUCAAAAGGUGCAUAGAAGUGGUUAUGGGAGAAGGAGAAAAGGGGGAAGAAAUGAGGAGGAAUGCUAAAAAAUGGAAGGAUUUGGCCAAGGAAGCCACUAAGGAAGGUGGAUCAUCAUAUGUGAAUCUUAGGGCUUUUGUGGAUGAGAUUCAAGGAGAUUUGCAGUAGGAUAAAUUUAUUUGGUAUCUGAAGGGGUGUAUUUUCUAUUUAUAAUGUGGUUUGUUUUAUGAGUGAUUUUGGUGAUUUAUUUGUUUAACACACAAAUUGAAUGUAUUUUGUUUUAUUGGUGAUAUAUAUUUUGUGAACCAUCAAUAAUUAGAUUGUAUUGUUUUCGCUA